AUGUCGAGCAGGAGAUCACGUUCAAGGCAGUCAGGUGUAUCCAGCAUCACAGAUGAUCAGAUCGCCGAUCUUGUCUCCAAGCUGCAACACCUCAUCCCUGAGCUUCGGAGAAGCCGCUCCGACAAGAUAUCAGCUUCCAAGGUCUUGCAGGACACGUGCAACUACAUCAGAAGAUUACGCAGAGAGGUGGACGACCUAAGCGACCGGUUAUCCCAGCUACUAUCUUCCUCAGACAUCGAUAGCGACCAAGCAUCCAUUAUCAGGAGUUUACUUGUGUAAUAAUCUGCAUUUGUUGUAU